GCAGGAGGAGCUCUGCUUCAGAAACGCGUGUGAGAGAAAGAUAGAGAGAAAGAGAAAGAUCGAUCAGAUGGCGAGUAAGGUGGACUCUUUUGUGAAGAUCCCAACGAUUAAGUUCACCAAGCUGUUCAUCAAUGGAGAAUUUGUUGAUUCCAUUUCAGGGAAAACGUUGGAGACUAUUGAUCCAAGAACAGGAGAGGUGAUAGCAAGAGUAGCAGAAGGAAAUAAAGAAGAUGUUGAUUUGGCCGUCAAGGCUGCCCGUCAUGCUUUCGACUCUGGCCCAUGGCCUCGCUUCCCUGGCUCUGAGAGAGCAAGGAUAAUGAUGAAAUUCGCAGACUUGAUUGAUCAAAAUGUGGAAGAACUAGCUGCCUUGGAUACUAUUGAUGCUGGGAAAUUGUUCAGUGCGGGUAAGGCCAUGGACAUUCCUUUGGUAUCAAGUAAUCUUCGUUACUAUGCAGGUGCAGCUGAUAAAAUUCAUGGAGAGGUACUGAAAAUGUCUCGUCAAUUUCAUGCACACACAUUGCGUGAACCUAUUGGUGUGGUAGGACACAUCAUUCCUUGGAACUUUCCAAGCACCUCGUUCUUCAUGAAGGUUAGCCCCGCUUUAGCCGCUGGGUGCACCAUGGUGGUCAAACCUGCUGAGCAAACACCUCUCUCGGCUCUCUAUUAUGCUCAUCUUGCUAAGCUUGCUGGUAUCCCUAAUGGAGUGCUCAAUGUUGUAACUGGAUUUGGAUCGACGGCUGGGGCUGCGAUUAGCUCUCAUAUGGAAGUUGAUGCGGUGAGUUUCACAGGCUCCACAGAAGUAGGACGCAAAGUAAUGCAGGCAGCAGCAACAAGCAAUUUGAAAGUGGUUUCGCUUGAAUUAGGAGGCAAGUCUCCCCUCAUAAUUUUUGAUGAUGCCGAUGUAGAUCUAGCUACUCAGCUGGCUCUCACGGGCAUCCUACAUAACAAGGGAGAAGUAUGCGUGGCAAGUUCUCGUGUUUAUGUUCAAGAAGGGAUAUAUGACGAACUUGUGAAGAAAUUGGUUGAAAAGACAAAAGCUUGGAUAGUUGGGGAUCCUUUUGAUCCUAAAGUUCAACAAGGACCCCAGGUGGAUAAGAAGCAGUUUGAAAAAAUCCUCUCCUACAUUGAGCAUGGCAAGAGAGAAGGAGCCACACUGCUAACUGGGGGCAAAUCCUUGGAGUUGGGUGGGAAGGGAUACUACAUUGAGCCUACAAUUUUCACAGAUUUCAAGGAAGAAAUGCUUAUAGCCAAGGAUGAAAUAUUUGGACCUGUUAUGGCCCUCGCCAAGUUCAAAACAAUUGAUGAGGCGAUUGAGAGGGCAAACCAGAGUAAAUAUGGGCUAGUGGCGGGCAUUGUGACAAAGGACUUAAAUGUGGCUAACACCGUCUCAAGAUCAAUUCGUGCAGGUACCAUUUGGAUCAACUGCUAUUUUGCUUUCGAUAAUGACUUACCUUUUGGAGGGUACAAGAUGAGCGGAUUUGGAAGUGAUUUUGGAUUGGAUGCUCUUUACAAGUAUCUUAAAGUUAAGUCGGUUGUUACUCCCCUUUAUAAUACUCCCUGGCUUUGAAUUAAUAUCAGCCCAUCAAACAGGAAAUAAUGUGUAAGAGGUGUAAUAAUGUAUAAUAAACCGAAGUUACGUGUAUUUAUGAAAUAAUAUGCGUAAAAGGUGUAAUAAUGUAUAAUAAACCGAAAUUACGUGUAUUUCUGCAAUAAUAUGCGUAAGAGUAAGAGGUGGGUGUAAUAAUGUAUAAUAAACAGAAGUUAUGUGUAUUUGUGUGACUGGAUGGACUUGUUUAUAUACUAAAUUUUUGUAUUUUUCUCAUAAAUA